UACGGUGAAUUAAAGCCACUUGCCUACGAAAGUGAUUUGGCUUUCACGCCUUGUCUUAUCAAUUUUACACAAAAAUAUUUCCAUUCGGAGCGCGCAUUGCGUGGAUCGCUUGUCAUUAUAAAUUUCGGAAAACAUCCUGAAGGAUUCUUCUUGUUGAAAAUUUUAGAAGCAUUGAAUGAAGAUAAAAAUCAUACAUUUGGAUUGAUGCCGAAGGAUGGAAGAUGGCAUGACGAUCCAGCGAAAGUCAUUGAUAAGGCUCAAAAUUACAUGUUAAUAAUGUUGGAUAUGGAUGACUUGAGGCUAAAUGUCGAUCAAUGGAAAAGUUUGCCAACAUGGAAUCCAUUGGCACAAACAAUUAUUGUUCUUCUUAAAACUUUUGAUACAAUCAAAGAGAAAGACGAAUUCGUAAGACGAGUGUUUGAAGAACUUCUUGCUGAUGGAAUUUUAUUCGUUAAUAUUUUAUUUCGAAUGACAAGCACUCUUAAUAAAAUGGCAGUUGAGACAUGGUUUCCUUACUACGAUAAAGGUUGUGCCAGAUUCGUGGAUAAUAUUUAUAAAAUUGGUGAAUGUAUCGUGUCUGAGAAGAUGAACCGAUUAACUGGAAUUUCCGAGAAAACUUGGAAAAUUUAUGAAUUCAACGAAGAAAAAUAUCCUAAAAUUCCUAAAAUAUUCAAUAAUUGUCCUUUAAUUAUAUCAACAUUCGUAUGGGAACCAUUUGUAGUAGGAAACGAGAAAAUUGAAACAGGUCUCGAGAUUCUUAUGAUUAAAACAAUCGCACAACAAAUGGACAUCAAAUUACAAUUCAACAUCAUCAACGACGAUCUUGUGACAGCAAAAAUCUCUGGCGAUAAUCAGACUGGAAUUUAUUCUGAUGUACUUCAAAAAAAAGCUGAUCUAAUGUUAGGAGGUUUAUAUGAAAAUCCAAUUUCUCGUAAACUGGUAUCACCAUCAAUCCCUUAUUAUCAAGACGACAUCACGUGGUGCGUUGCAAAAGCAAAAUUCGCCCAAACAUGGCUUAACGUUUUUAUUAUUUUCAAUCUGACAACGUGGUUUAUCAUAAUUUUCACAUUGGUCGCUUCGUCAGUAUUUCUUUAUGCCAUCGCUUACUUUACAAAACAAACAAAAGAGAAUUUUACUUGGGUGUUUCUCAUAACUGUGACAUUAUCAACUGGUCAAUAUGGUCAUUACUGGCCAAAUAGAUCAUCAAUUAGAUUUUUUCUUAUAAUUUUAUAUUUCUAUGGACUACACAUUAACACAGCAUAUCACAGUUCAUUGAUAAAUGUUCUCACAAAUCCACGCUACGAAGACCAAAUAAAAACAAUGGAAAUGGCGAUAGAAGCAGGUUUGACUUUUGAAGUCAACGUGAACACUAUGGAGUUCUUCAAUUCUAAAGGAGAUUGGAUUUCAAAGUAUUUAUUAAGCAAUCAUAAAUUAUGUCGAAACAUUGAUAAAUGUUUCAAAAAGAUUAAAAAGGAUAGGAAGGUAGCAGUUGCGUUAUCACGAGCUCAUGCAUUAAAUAAUCCUUUUCGAUUCAUUGAAGACGAAGAUUUCUUCUGCUUUCCAGUGUCUGAUGAUGUCGUCAUUUAUUCAGUUGUUAUGAUGUUUCGUAGAUUUCAUCAUUUAUUAGCAGACAUUAAUAAGAAAAUAAGAACAAUAUCAGAGUCUGGAUUGUUAACGAAAUGGCAGAAGGAUAGUCAAAGUGAGGGAGAUAAUGAAGUUGAAGAUUCGAGCGAUGCUGUUGGUCAUGGCAGUGUUAAAAUGGUUCUUCGUGUUGAACAUGUUGAAGGUGCUUUCCUUCUGGUUCUUCUCGGAUUGGCAACCGGCUUCUUAGUUUUUCUUGUUGAACUUUCCAUCUUUUACAUAAGAAAAAAAUAUAAAAUCAUUAUGAAAAGAAGGAAUGAGAAGAAAAACAUUCGAAAGUAA